AAAUAUGCUUUGCCUCUCAGCUUGAAGGUUUUCCCGAAUCCCCCGUUCCGGAAGCUCGGCUCGUGCUGUUGCUUUGCUGGAGACUUUUUCCCCAACUCGCCUCCCCUACCCCCCCCUACAUCUCACUCCUUGUCUUGGGGUUUGUGAGACCGGAAUUUCACCCCCUGUCGUCGCGCAAGAUACCCCGCCAUUCUGUUAGAGUCUUGCGAUCAUGGUCGCCGGGAUUAGCAAACGGCAGCAGUUCCGCAAUGAGCGGGCGCUGCAGGACCUCAUUCGGUCGGUCCCUGGAAAUGACCGCUGUGCUGAUUGUCAGGCGUUGAAUCCAGGAUGGGCUAGUUGGAACAUUGGAAUCUUUAUCUGCAUGCGAUGUGCGUCUUUGCAUCGCAAGCUGGGCACACAUAUCUCCAAGGUCAAAUCUUUGAGCAUGGAUACAUGGACGGACGAUCAGGUCGAUAAUAUGAAAUCGCACGGAAACAACAUCAUGAACAAGAUCUACAACCCUAAGAAUGUCAAGCCGCCUGUUCCGACUGACGUGGACGAGUCCGACGCAUGCAUGGAACGCUUCAUUCGCCAGAAAUACCAGCACCGCUCCCUCGACGAGGUGAAACAAAAGCCUUCUAGUCGUCGUGAUUCGGACUACGAUAGACCCCGCGCAGAGGACCGGUCUCCGGAAGGCUCUCCUCCUCCCCUCCCUCCCAAGCCUGCUAGGCCCUUUGGCUUUGGUCUUCGGUCCGCCUCAUCUGCGACCAACCUCAACCGGAUGUCCAACAGAGGUUCGGCAAUCUCACCACAGUCGGAUAGCUUCGGUGCGUCGGGAAUCUCAGUGAGGAAAGGCUCGGGAGAUGCGUCGUUUGAUGCGAAGCUGGCGACCCUACGGGAUAUGGGCUUCGCAAACGAGCGCCGCAACGCGAUCGCCCUCCGCGAGCUGGACGGCAAUCUAGACAAGACGAUCGAGACGUUAGUGAGGCUGGGAGAAGGCAAUGGUUCUGUCUCGCUUGCCAAGUCUCCGGCUGCGCAACCUACUCCUGAUGCUGGCAAAUCCUCCAAUCCAUUCGAUCAACUGGAUGCCAGGCCCGCUACUCGCCAAGCAAGUGGGAGCUACAAUCCGUUCGAUGCACCUGUGCAGUCUCAGCCGCAGGCCCAGCAAGCCCCGGUGCAAUCGCUGGAGCAGUCUUUUCAGAACCUGCAGGUCGCGCAGCCCUUGUUUCCACACUCCACCGGUGGCUAUCCAAUGCGGCAGGUCUCGCUCCCUCAGCCUCUCUACCAGCAGACGGCGACGCCCCCGGUUCCCACGAACUUUGCCCAGAACCCAUAUGUCUCUUCUCCGCAGCCACUAGACGGUGGCAACAAUCCUUUCUUCCAGACCGGAGCUCAGCCGCAGGCCAGCAUGACCCCUCCCGCGUCCAAUCUCGCCCAGACAAACCCCUUCUUCAGUCAGGUUGCACCGCAGCCGACCGGGAUGCAGCAACCACCUCAGAGCCAGGCCGCAUCAAGUUCCCCAUUUGGCCCCCUUCGACACGCAAAUACCAUGCCUGUCAUGCCCUCCACAUCGCCUUUCGGCCAGCCUUCUCCAUUCCAAUCGCAGCUCCAGUCCCAGCCCCAGUCUCAGCCUCAACCCCAGGCGCAACCGCAACCGCAAUACCAAAUGCAGCAGCAUCUGCAACAACCGCAAGGGUCUCUGAACCCCUAUCAAGCCAUGACCGCGCCAGCUACCCCCCAGAAUGCAGGAUACCUGGCGCAACCGCAAUACGGAUAUCAAGCAUCCGCACAGCAUCUAGCGCCGCAGCCCACCGGCCGCGUCGACAAGAACAGCAUCCUCUCCCUCUAUCAAUUCUCCCCGCAACCUUCCGCCACCCCAGAGCAACCUCAGUACCGACCUUCCACGGCCGUGAACCCUCCCACUCAGACCGGCCAGCCCUCUCCCUUCAAUACCAUGCCGCAACAACAACAAUCACAACCUUUCAACACCAUGCCCCAACAACAACAGCAGCAGCAGCAACAACAACAACUCCAACCUCAACAACAACAAAGCAACCCCCUCACAGACCCCCUCUCAGCAAGCGGCACCCGCAACCCCUUCUUCACCACAGCUCCCCAACCAGGAGCUCCCGCCCCAGUCCCAUCCACUUCCGCACAAGUAACAACACCCUACCUCACCACCACCGCCCCACCCCAACAGCAGCAACAGCAACAACAACAACAACAAACACUCAAUGUCUACGGAGGAAUGCCCAACAAGCCCACCGGCUUCCCACGAGGUCACAUGAGCCAGCAAAGCGUCGAUAUCAACGGCUUCCAAAGCGGACGACACAGUCCCGAUGCGUUUGCCAGUUUGAGUGCACGAUAUGGAUAGUUUCAUUCCUUAUCUUUUCACUUCUGGAAAAAAAAAAGAAAUUCUAUAUAUCUUCUAUCUAUUGCACAUUCUUCCUUUGAUUUAUAUAUAACCCUUGUGCCUUUACUUGUGAACUCGUCGACUCGGGACCUCACUAUCUUUAUGUGGCCUGGAAGGGAUUCUUGACCUGGUGAGGCGAGUGUAAAGUAGAUUAGUUUAGCUGACUGCAUUUUUGGCGUUGCCUGUGUUUUUUGUUUCUUUGCUUUUGAGGGUUUACGCGGUAUAUAUCUAUAUUCCUAUAUUUGGUUUGUAGUUGGUCUGGUGGUGCGAUCAUUGAGUAUCAACUACUUAUAUCUUUCUUCAUUUU